GAUCUACAUGGCUUGUGUCUUGUAGUAGGUGUGCUGGCGGCAGCAGUGGGAUGUUUCGUUACUCGCAAUAACUCCCUUCAUCGUUCUCCCGCGCCUUUGAAACGCAUCAAUCAAGGUCCCGUACGCAUGCUCUCCUGCCAAAUUUGUGGUUGUCCUCGGCAAAACAACCCAUGUUUUAUUUCGACAUACACAAUUACUCAGCGACGGCGGUCUAGUCAGUUCCAGACUGAGUGAUGUUCUGCAACGUCUGGGUCCCCAGUUUCAAGUGCGUCACUUGUUGCAAGGCAAACGGCUCCGAGUUCAAGUUGUUCGAACAGCGUGUGUAUCUCACCUAUACAGUUCGAAAUCAUACUUCAACUUACAACUGGCCAUGGCCACUCGUCCAGUGUACGACACAAUGUCAGAUGCCUAAUUCUGUGGUAGAACCCGGAACCGUCCAGAACCGUGGUCCAUUUGGAAUAACGCUCAAACUCGAAAUCCCUGCCAAUCCAUUUGUUAUGCCGCAUCCAAUUGCCAAUGCCACUCACUUACAGUACCACCCGACCACCCUAAUCAGCAGUCGCGGAGCCGUAAUUGGCGGCGAUGUUCCGCGAAUAUGUGAGAUUCGACUUACGUCUGUUGAGAGGCAACGGUUCAUCAGAGUUGCAUUGAAGUACACGUUGGCACGAUCUGCGUAUCUAUACGCUCUGGUUGGUGGCAAAGUCAUGCGGGCACCGAGCUUCGCUCUAUCGAGUGUUUAUAUGCGUAGGGGCGCAUCACAGACCGACUUCGCCAAACCGUACCAAAAGGACACGUGGACGGUGGCUGGCGUAGUUAUCGCAUCCAGCAGCGACGGGCCGGACAUACACUGCGUUCCUCACCAAGGGGGGGGGGGGUGCUCGGGGGGCGUCAAAAAUUACAACAACGAUAACGCUUUCGGGUAUAUGUGCGGGCCUGACGGGCACAUCUAG